AUGUCGGCAGGACACCGCAUGGAAGCCGCCCUCGAAGGCGUUCCCUUUCGCGUUGUUGACAAGAACAAGCGAGCAUGCCAAGACAAAGUUGCUGCUUUGAUCAAGAAGCACAAGCAAGAGUCAGCAGCCAGUCGCUGGGCAAGUGGAGUUACUGAAGAGCUCACGGAGCUGAGCAACCUAAUUGAAGCUUACUGGCAGUUGAAGUCUCAAUUUGAAGAGAAGAAGCAAGCUGCCAGCGACGAAGCGAAGCGCAAGCAGAAACGCCUAGCAGCAGCUGGGGGCAAAGCCAUAAGUAAGGCUGCUCUGAGCCGCGGCAACGGAAGGUGUACGGCGUACACCUCCAACGUCGGAUAA